UCCUCCUCCUAGAUCUCUGUCUCCUCUUUCCCUUCCUCCAUUUCUGCACACAGUUUCUGCGUUUUUUUCUCCACCAUUUCAGUGGCUAACGAACUUGUGAACUUCAAAUCCUGAAUCCUUUUCUGAUUCGUUUAGUGAGACAUAAUGUCCGAGGGAGCUAUCCCAAAACUUGGCACCACCAUCCACAUCUUAAAAAAAAUUCAAAAUGUUUAUUAGUAUCGCAUUAACUUGAGGUUGUUGUAGGAACUUGUAAACUUCACAUCUUGAAUCCUCUUCUGGUUCGUUUAGUGAGACAUAAUGUGUGAGGGAGCUAUCCCAAAACUUGGCACCACCAUCCACAUCUCAGCUCUCGAUGGGAUCAUCAAUGUCAACUCGCUUUUCACACUAGCCGUGUUCAUCGGGCUAGCUUGGAACCCGCAUGACCAAGGUAACAGUCUCUCCCAAGACCCGAGUUGUAUCGCAGAGCCCAAGAUUGCGGAGGACCUUGUAGCCUUCCAUGUCUACUCAUUUAGUUGUUUCCUCUUUUCUAGCCUCAUUGCCUUGUGCCUUAAGCAGGCUAUUCGAUUGGCUAAGUCAGCACACUUCCCCACUGUCUUCACUCUUGACUUAGCCUCCAUCAACAAAACUGCCCUCCGGGUCGGGUACUUGGUCUCGGCUGCGGGGUCGGUUCUCGGGUCGGUGUUUUUGAUGCUUGGUUUGAUCAAUGUGGUUCAAAUCAAACUUGGAAUUUUGGGAUGUGGAAGUAUGCAUACUUAUGGAGCUAUUAUUCCACUUGUGAUUUUUGUGCCAUUAGGGCUCCUUAUUUAUGUUUGUACUGUUUUUUAUGCUUUCACUCGUUAAUUUGAUCAAUGUAUACUUAAUUAAUAACUUAAUACAUUAACAAAAAAAUUAACUAUAUUUGAUUAUUUUCUAUCAUCCCAAAAUGCAAACUUGGACAUUGUAUAAAUAUCUAAAUUUGAUAUUUUAAAAUGUUUUUUUU